GGCCUGCCCUAGCCUCCAGCUUCCAGAAAUCAAUUAUGAGCGAGCGUCAGAAGCUCUUGGACGCGGCCCGGACGGCGGUAAACCUGCUUGACGCCGCUCAUUCCGCAGUGGACCUUCUCACCACCGUACUCGGGACUGAAGAGGAGAACGGUUGCCAUGGCAAUCUCACCGAACAACAUCGUGAUGUCACCGACUUGCCACAGACUGCGUCCAAAAGCACUUCAGAAGUCUGGAAAACACAGAUUCCAGAGGGUAAAGGUCCUAUGAGGGGGGCUUCAACGUUGAGAAUCAAAGAUGACACCAAACCUCAUUCCCAGAAUACAGCACCUUCAAAUAUUCACAGAGCAGCAUCGGCUACUAUAGCAACGGAUGAUGGAGAGAAGGAUGAGACUGACAUCCAUUCACAGAUGAGAAAUGGGAGGAAUGGGCGGGAUCGUAGAUUCAGUCGAGCAGUCAUCCCACGGAUCCCUUCACAAGUCGCCAAGGUAACGCCUCAGCGACUUAUCGCAUGCGAGAAGCGGGGUGACGUCAUCAUGGAAGAUGCCAUUGGAGGCGAUGGGGGUGGCGGUACUGAGAUCAGAGUUGAGGGAUGGGACCAUAGCUUUAAUGAGUUCGUCAUCGAACAGGCACAAGCCAGCAGUAUACUCGUUCUGGAAAAUGCGAAGCUGAGAAAAGAACUGCAUGAAGCCAAGACCGAAGUUGCCACACUGAAUAAAGAACUCUCAAUGAAUGAGUCGCAGGUAGAUCACAACGACGCCGAGGUGCAGACAAUGCUCUGCUCUCAUGCUCGUGGUGAUCAUUUCUACCUCGGCCAAGGGUUCAACGAACUUGCAUCAGAUGAUGAGGACACCGAUUACUUGACGACCUACAGUAAUUCAUCCCCUGACAGACGUUAUUCCACACAAGCGAACCGAUCGGACGGUUUCAUGGAGGGAACACGCGGCGCCGAGGUUUACUUCUGUACGCCUGGUUCGAACAUCUCUACUCCCAGGACCCUGGGUCGAGCAUCCACCGUCUCCUCCUCGGGAGGUGGUCUUAUUCGAAGAAAACUGGAGCUACCCAAGUCUCUCAAAAAUGGCGGAGGCUACCUCAGCAUCACCAGCUACGAGGCUUUGACAUCUGACGACGACGAGAGUUCAACGAUCUCUCCGGGAUGCUGUCCCUUUGCCUGCUUUAGUUGUUUUGGUAGAAGAAAGUCCCCACAGAAGUAAAUCUUACACUAUUGAAACUGUCCAGUAUGACAGCAAUAGAAUAACUUUGUAACUCUUUAUACGCUAUGGAUCGAAACCCAAGACUGCAACAUUACUAGGAGUACAUGGUUUAUGUGUGAUACAUGUGUGACAAAAUGUAGACCGUAUCAGUCCAGUGUUUGAUACAUUGGUUGACCAAAAGCAGGCAAAGAGUUAAUCCUUAUUGAAACACGACUGAAGAAACUGGCUAAUAAUACUUCCAAGGCAAAUUAUAAUUACAAAGCUACGAGUGUAGGGAGCAUACCGGUAGUUAGAAGUAAUUUAGUAGGACCUAGAUAAAGGAAGUAAACUUUGAGUUCUUGGAAUAAGAUAUCUGUGAGUAAACUUUUUUGAAAAAUGAAAUAAUGAAUUUUAACAACUUUACACAAAUGGUAAGUUGUCAACAGGAUUGAAAGAAAGUGAAAAACAUAGGUUUUAGGGGUUUUUUGUGUUGCGUUUCUAUAUUGAUUUACCAAACUAGUAUUUCAUACACAUACUUGUUAAAAAAAUACUUGUUAAAAAAUACAUGUAUACGAAUAUGAAGUGACUGUCAUAUGUACAUGUAUGUAUCAUGGGAGGUUAAAAACCUGUAGGCCUAUAUUAUAUCUAUAUUAUGAUUGAGCUUUUUUUCUAUGUAAUAAUUAUUUGGAGAUGAUGUGGUAAAAAAUCUACUACAUGUUCUGUAAUGAAUGAACAAAGAGGAAAACGGUCAAUUAGUGUUUUCAGUGAAAGUUUCAUUUUAUUUCAAGAUAUAAACAGCAAGGUCUUCAAUUUGCAUAUAAUAAAGAUAUGGACGGCUUGAAGUGAAUGGGUUAUUCAUAAUAUAUGUGAUACAAUAUAUGGGUAAAACAAGCAUGUAUAUAACUAUAUUAAACCAUUUAGAAAUUGCAUGUAUGAUAUAUGUAGUAUCCUCUGAACUGAAGAGAGCUUAUUUCUUUCAGAUAAGGAAAAAGAAAAA